UAUGCCUUGAAUAUUUUCUUUUGAAAAGUUAGAAUCUAAGCAAAUUCUCAGACUGAACUACUUCUUGGACCUCACUGGAAGAAUUUUUCAUUUAAUGCCUCAUUUACGAUAGUUUUGUCAGCUACUCAUUUCUGAACAGAUUUUUGCAUGAAAUAGGAGCAUGUCUAUUCUAACAGAAGUAAGGAUUUAUAAAAAUGAGAUAAAUUUAAAUCUGGUUUAUAAAUGAGCCUUUUAGUUAAACCACAGGUACCACAUACCUUCCAUAUCCUUUGAUCAAACCAUGAUGGUUGUUAAUCAGGGCUCUUCCCUUUAGGAACAGUGAAGAAGUGAGGUAAUUUGGUCUUGGUGAGUCUAGUAACAAAUGUAAUGUAUACAUUUCCUGUUACUUUUUUAAGUUUUCAGGAAGCUCUUAAUUUACAUUUCUAGAAAAGUAAUUUUUCAGUCUUCCCAGAAAAAAAUUGUAAAGUUCAUUUAGACUUGAAAUUGUAAUCUGUUCUUUUUUACAAUCCAGCAUUUAAGUGAAAAUGAGAACAUCACAAUUUGGGAAUCUGUAAUGGUUUUGUAAGGAGCCCUGACUGCUAACCAAAAGGUCAGUGUUUCAAACCCACCAGCUGCUCCUUGGGAAAAAGAUGUAGCAAUCUGCUUCCAUAAAGAUUACAGCCUUGGAAACCCUAUGGGGCAGUUCUGCUCUGUCCUAUAGGGUCACUAUGAGUUGGAAUCUACUCGAUGGCAACUUUUUUUUGUUUGUUUUAAUGGUUUUGUUGAAAACGUUACUUGUGGCCUGUUGAAAUUUUUGUGAGUUGUUGAAAUCUUUACAAACAUUGAUUCCUAGCUAAUUAAUACUAUUAUUCGGAGUAAAGAACCUGAUGGUAAAAUUAGAAACCUAGAUGGUGUGUAAUCCAUACUGUGACACAGUAAAUGGUUCUUCAUUUUCUGUCAUUUUUGCCCUCUUUUGGAAACCCUGGUGGCAUAGUGGUUAAGUGCUAUGGCUGCUAACCAAAAGGGUGGCAGUUCGGAUCCACCAGGCGCUCCUUGGAAACUAUGGUGCAGUUCUGCUCUGUCCUAUAGGGUCGCUAUGAGUCGGAAUCAACUCGAUGGCACCGGAUUUGGUUUUGUUUGUUUUGCCCUCUAUUUGGAGGAGAGAAUUGGAGGGGGUUAAACACCUGUGAUUUUUAAUAUUUUUGUACCAGUUGUGAGUCUCUUUACCAAUCUGUCCAUGUACAUGUAAUCUGAGCUUGUCCCAGUUGUUACUUGUUAUUUCCUAAUUGUAUUAACUUCCCUAAAAUUGUUUUAGGAAUUUAUCUGAGAACACUAGACUUACCAGUUUCAGUAACACGAAAGUAAGGCAGAGCCAUCGCUUGCUAAGGCUAGAUAAUACUGCGUACUGGUAGAAAGUCAUAUGAUUAGGGAAUCUUUUUUUUUUUUAAUAGUAUUUAUGUAGUUUUACAUUUUGUAUUAUGGAAAUUUUCAAACAUACACAGAAAAUAGUAGUACAAUGAACCA